ACAACAGUCGACAAUAAUUGGUGCAUUUGCUCCGUCCGCUACUCGUCAAUGGGCGACAGCUCACGAUUUUCAAAUAUUUGAAAAUGCAAUGGAGCAUGAAGCUGAAUUACCGUCAUUUACUGUCGGCUAUAAGAAUGGAUUUUUGCCUCGACAGGAUCCAUUAACUCAUCUUCCAGAUCGCUUCUUUACGCUUGAAUACCUUUUAAAACAAAUGCCAAUUAAAUUACCGGAUGGUAAUAAAGGAUUAUUGGCACGAGGAGAACUUGGUGAUUCAGUCAAAAAGAAUUUACCAUUAUAUGAUGUGAGCGACGUAAACGAUCAGCGACUACUUUCAGCAUUAUUUCGAGAUUACACAUUCUUGGCAUCUGCAUAUCUUCUUGAACCAUGUGAUAUAAUGUAUCGUGAAAAGAAAGAUUAUGGGCUUGGGCGUCAGGUUUUACCAAAGAAUAUAGCGGUUCCUUUAAAAACUGUUGCAGAUAAAAUUGGCGCAAAGCCAUUCAUGGAAUACGCUCUAUCGUAUAGUCUCUAUAAUUAUCAAAGAAUUGAUCCAUCGAAACCAAUCAUCUAUCCAAAUCUAAAUUUAGUUCGAUCGUUCGCUGGAUCCCAAUCAGAACACGGAUUUAUUCUCGUCCAUGUCGCAAUGGUUGCUAAUUCUGGAAAUUUGGUUCGUUGGACAAUGGAAACUUUGAAUUCAGCCGUGCAACAAGAUCGUAAUCGAUUCAAUGUAGCAUUAAAGAAUCUUAACGAAACUAUGGAAGCGAUAAAUCAAGAAAUGGAGACGAUGUGGGAACACUCGAAUUCUGAUGAUUAUUUAAAGUUUCGUACCUUCAUUAUGGGAUCGAAAAACCAGCCGAUGUUUCCAAAUGGCGUUAUUUACGAAGGUGUAAGCGAAGAACCAUUAUUUUAUCGAG